GGGGAGGCGGUGGACGGGGAAGAGAAGAGAGAGGAAGAAGGAGGCUCCGGGUGGUGGACGAGACCAAAUCAAGAAGGGUCAGGCCCGGGACUCGGGAGGAGGGACAUCGGGAGAGAAGAGGAGCGAGGAAGGAUCUCUCAUUUUUUUCAUUUGUACUUUUUCCAUCUCCGCCUUCAUCAACGUGAACCGUCGACCCCCUUCCAUAGCAUCGCCCCCGUCCCCGCCAUGCCGUCCAACGCCGUCAGCGACGCUACAUUCAAAGACUCCACCGACUCGACGGGAAGCAACACGGUCGGGGUGUGCCUCAAAGAGGGCCCCAGCAGCAACCCCCACCCGGGGCCGCCCCCGUCCUACAACGGGGACGUGGGCGGGCACAGAGACAGGACGUCCAACUCCUGCUUCGCCAAGUCGGAAAGGACGGAAGCGGAGAACGGGAUCCUCAGGGAGCCUUCGUCAUCCUCCUCUUCCUCCUGCCGGUCGGAGGACGGCGUGCAGGCUCAGUGUCUCCCCCAGCAGGACAGAUUGUUGCAGGACGGCGAGGCCACGCCGCAUAAGAAGCGAGGGCGGCGGAAACUGGAACGCCCGACCAAAUAUGUGGAGCACAUCGAGGAGGACGGUGGCCAAGUGGUGAAGAGCGAGGGAGGUCGCGGGAGGCUGCGAGGGGGCGUCGGCUGGGAGGUCAGCCUUCGCCAGAGGCCCGUGCCCAGAGUGACCUUCCAGGCUGGUGACCCCUAUUACAUUAGCAAGCGGACCAGGGAGGAGUGGCUGGCCAAGUGGAAGAUGGAGGCAGAGAAAAAGGCCAAAGUGAUGUCAGCCAUGAACGCAAUAACCGACCCCGAGGACGAAAAGGAGACGGAAGAGUCCCGGAAACCAGACGCCUCCAUCGACCAGCAUCCGCCGCCUUCCAAACAUCAGGAGCCUCCGCCAAGUCCGCCGCGGUCCAAGCCGCAGCAUCCAUCGCAAUCCCAGCCGUCGCUCCCGCAGCAACAACAACAACAACAACAACAACAGCCUACUGACCCCGCCUCCCCCACGGUAGCCACCACCCCCGAGCCUGUCGCCGUCGUAGGCGGAGACAAGACAUCCCCCGAGCCUGGAGACACUGAACUCGACUAUGAGGACGAUCGUGGUUUCGGCAUCGGCGAUCUGAUCUGGGGUAAGCUACGGGGGUUCUCGUGGUGGCCAGGACGUAUCGUGUCCUGGUGGAUGACGGGCCGCAGCAGAGCCGCCGAGGGGACCAGAUGGGUCAUGUGGUUCGGAGACGGAAAAUUCUCAGUGGUUUGUGUUGAGAAACUCUUGCCUUUUAGUUCCUUCAGCAAUGCCUUUCACCAAGCAACCUAUAACAAGCAGCCCAUGUACAGGAAAGCCAUCUACGAGGUGCUUCAGGCGGCAGGCGGCCGAGCGGGCAAAUCAUUUGCUGCCUGUCCUGACAGCGAUGAGAACGAAACCUCCAAAUCAGUGGAACGUCUGAACAGGGAGAUGAUCGAGUGGGCGAUGGCCGGGUUCCAGCCGAGUGGACCUAAAGGUUUGGAGCCCCCAGAAGAGGAGCGCAACCCGUACAAAGAGGUUUACCCGGAGAUGUGGGUGGAGCCAGAAGCGGCAGCCUACACGCCCCCGCCGGCUAAAAAGCCUCGCAAGAGCACAGUGGAGAAACCCAAGGUCAAGGACAUCAUCGACGAAAGGACGCGAGAGAGACUCAUUCACGAAGUCAGACAAAAGUGCCGCAGCAUCGAGGAUAUUUGUAUCUCCUGUGGAAGUCUGAAUGUCAGCAUCGAGCACCCGCUGUUUGCAGGAGGAAUGUGCCAGGGCUGCAAGAACUGCUUCCUGGAGUGUGCGUAUCAGUACGACGACGACGGCUACCAGUCGUACUGCACCAUCUGCUGCGGCGGACGCGAGGUGCUCAUGUGCGGGAACAACAACUGUUGCCGGUGCUUCUGCGUGGAGUGCGUUAACCUCCUGGUCGGCCAAGGGGCGGCCCACGCCGCCAUCAAAGAGGACCCCUGGAACUGCUUCAUGUGCGGCCAGAAGGGGGCGUACGGUCUGCUGGAGCGCCGCCCCGACUGGCCCUGCCGGCUCCAGCACUUCUUUGCCAACAACCACGACCAGGAUUUUGAACCACCAAAGAUUUACCCCCCCGUCGUGGUGGAGAACAGGAAGCCCAUUCGGGUCUUGUCGCUAUUUGAUGGCAUAGCAACAGGGUUGCUGGUUCUGCGAGAUCUGGGUAUCCAAGUGGGCCGCUACGUGGCCUCGGAGGUGUGCGAGGACUCCAUCGCCGUGGGGAUCGUGCGGCAUCAGGGUCGCAUUAUGUACGUGGGCGACGUGCGGACCGUUACGCGUAAACACAUACAAGAGUGGGGUCCUUUUGACCUUGUCAUCGGCGGGAGUCCGUGCAACGACCUCUCCAUCGUGAACCCUGCCCGGAAAGGCCUUUACGAGGGGACGGGCCGCCUGUUUUUCGAGUUCUACCGACUCCUGCACGAGGCUCGGCCGAAGACGGGCGAAGAGCGGCCUUUCUUCUGGCUCUUUGAGAACGUGGUAGCCAUGGGUGUCAGUGAUAAGAGGGACAUAUCUCGCUUUCUGGAGUGCAACCCGGUGAUGAUCGACGCCAAGGAGGUGUCGGCCGCCCACCGUGCCCGCUACUUCUGGGGAAACCUGCCUGGCAUGAACAGGUCUGUGGGAGAAUGGCCCCUGGCGGCCAUGUGCAGCGACAGGUUGGACCUGCAGGACUGUUUGGAACACGGAAGAACCGCCAAGUUUGACAAGGUGAGGACCAUCACCACCAGGUCCAACUCCAUCAAGCAGGGCAAGGACCAGCACUUCCCGGUCUUCAUGAACGAGAAGGAGGACAUCCUGUGGUGCACUGAGAUGGAGAGGGUCUUUGGCUUCCCGGUCCACUACACGGACGUGUCCAACAUGAGCCGCCUGGCCCGUCAGAGGCUGCUGGGUCGAUCGUGGAGCGUGCCCGUCAUCCGCCACCUCUUUGCACCGCUCAAAGAUUACUUUGCUUGCGUUUGAGCGGCGAGAGCGCUCACUCUGAAUUUUUUUUUUUUUUUUGUAUUUUUAUAAUUUGUACGCAUUUUUUUUUUUAUUAUUUAAUUUUUUUUUAGCAGUGUUAUGAUUUAUUUGUGUAAAAUCGAUACUUGAGACUAUGCUUUCUUCUCAAGACGCUGAGACAGAAAAAGAGCUAAAAACGCGUGAAGCGGCGGGGCUCGGAAUUUCGUUUUUUCCUUGCCUUGCUUCCGGCGACUGAGCCUCGCCGAUGAUGAUGUGACGGACGUACGCCGUACGUCUCUUAAGAAUCCCGAAUCACAAAUACCUCUUAGUUUACAGUUUCUACACACAUUUAAAGGUACUACUGUAUAACGGUUACUACACCAUGGUGCUCCGCAAAAUGACCGCAAACGUGGAUCAAACCACUUCCUUUAGGCCGCCGCCGAGUUCUGCGGCUUUUCUACCGAUCGUCUGGUGCUCGUCGAAGCUCUCGGCUCCGCUCAGGCCGCCGCAAACACACCGCGACGCUAGUUUUGACGUCGGCCUGCGUGGCAUUUACUGUACAAGUGUUCAAACGCCAGCGGGGGUCGCCGCCCCGCCGCGUUACCGUCAAGGUGCAAACGUCCUCGACGCGACACGGUGCGGCUUCACAAAGUCCUUCUACCUUUUUUAUAGCAAUUUUAUGUGCGGUUUUAUCAACAUAUGAAGCACUUUUUUUAAUCUGUACUUUAAUCUGUAAUUUAAUUUUUUUUUUUUAUUUUUUGCUGUUUCGGUUCCAACCGUUCAGGACUUUUUCAUGAUUUCAUGACUUUUUUUUUUUUAUACGUGAGGGCUGUGGUGCCGAUGUGGAAGAGUGGCUUUUCCCAUCCUGUCAAACUUUUUCAUUGUCCGAGACAAUGAAAAAUUCAUUAAACAAGAAUUAAUUCAUUUUAAAUAUAAUUAGACAAGACAAAAAACAGUAAAAAAAUAAAAUAAAAUUACCUGUAAUUUUAUUGUAUUU